UCUGGAAAGCGCACUUGAUCUAGCGCACAGCGAAUUCUCAACGGUAGCCACUUCCGAGCGGAGGUGGCUCUUUACGAAUCAAGACAGCACUUGUAGUUGAACCAUGUUGUCGUUAGUGGUAGCAGUUUUCAUCAUCCUCGCUGCUUCGCAGUCAGGGACUGCACAAGAACCCUGUGGCUGCACUGGCUACACGACACUCAGUGAACCGCACCGCAGCACUGCGUACGUUCCCACUAGAAGUGAGCCACUUCUCUGUGACGACCUUCUGCCAGAGGGCUGCUAUCGAUUCACCCACCGCCCGGACAUAAAAAUUCCAGAGGCCUGCGUGGAGCCAAAUCACUGCGGUACCUUGGCACCAGUGUGGUUGGAUGGCGCGCAUCCCACCGACGACACAUAUGUCACUCGCUUUGGCUGUAUCAAUCAGGGUAUUCCUGGCGACUGUUGCACGGACGAAGUGGAUAUCGGAAUCAAGAAGUGCACAGACGAAGAUGGAGCCACAUUCUACGUGUACCGUCUCACCCCCACUCCUGGAUGUGACAUAGCCUACUGCGGAGGUGACUAUGUGACGUGCGAAGCUGGUAAGAUAUGGAGCACUUUCUAUGAGGAAUGUGUAGAUGAUGUCCCGACUAUGGACAACCCUGUCCUCCAUCCACCUGAACUUGAUCUUGACUUGUUUAAGGUCACCUUCACGUGUCAAGUCAAAUACGACAAGCAAGAAGACGACGGAGCAAGAUUUGCUGUCAAGUUCCUUUUCGAUGACACUGAAUACGACGAAGUGAACAAUACGACGGAGUCGUCUCUAACCCCGGCCAAAAAGACGAUUGAAUUGGAUGCUAAAUUCCUCGGUGAUUUCAAGAUAGAGAAGAAAAAAGUUGUCAAAGAGGACUACUGGGACUCAAAGAUGGGAAAGACGGUUUCCUGUGUCGUACAAUCGUAUUGGAAAGGCACACCGGAGCAAAAGAGCAAAGAGAUGCAGAGUAACGGAUACUGGGCAGGAAUUGUGGCUGAAAAGACUCGGGUGAAUCUUUUCGAGGGUGCCAACACCAAAGAAUACUUGAAUUUGUACGCGACUGUCCCCUUUGUGUGCAGUACCUUCGAAAAUCAACAUUCUAAUUGCAAAAUCCGCAUUAACCUUGUGGUAGAUCAGGACGCCAGCGUGGUAGAAGAAUGUGGCAUAGACAUUAAAGCCAAGAGCUGGGAUCCACAAACAAAGCGUGCUUACGCCAACGAAAAACGUAUCUUAGCCGUCCAGGACUUAAAAGAUGACGGAGACCACAUUCUUGCACUGGAGUUCGGCACUAUCAAAAUGAUUAACUUUCACCAUCCUCAUGAUGAACACGCUGAAACUCAGUACGGCGAGUUAGUCCCACACAUCUAUAAUGGGUACGCACCUGAGAGUAUUCAGGUCGUAACAGUGGAUUCUUCAACCGGUCACUGCAAAGGGGUGACGGACCCGCACUACACCACAUUUGACGGCAGAUACUAUACCCACUAUCUGGUUGGACAGUUUGUCUUCAGCAGAACCACAGAGAGGAACUUUGAGGUUCAGGUGCGGACCUUUGUUUGUGGAGCAUGGAAGGCUUCCUGCCACUGUGGAGUUGCUGUUCGGGAAGGGGAUGACGUCAUCAUGAUCGACCUCUGUCACACGGAAUGGGGAGACCACUACGGAACGUACCCCAAGAUCACAGAGAAGACUGCAGACGGGCAGGCGCUUUCUCCGGGCGUUGCAGUCUACAGAAGUCCGAACGGAAAGUCAUUUUCGAUCCACAUGCCAUCCGGGACAACAGUCAGAGCCAAUAUCAACUACUGGGGACUAGAUGUCCACCUUACCGCUCUUGGUCUUGACAAGGGGAAAACUGAAGGUCUAUGUGGUGACUGGGAUGGAAGUCACAACAAUGAUUUUAAAAUGCAGAAUGGAACGACCACCGCCGACAGAAACACAUUUGCUCGGGACUGGAAGGUGCCAGAAGGAGAGAGUCUUUUUGAGACAACACCAGAUCCUGUCACAGAUGAAACAGACGACGUGUCAUACUGCAUUUGCUCGCCGGGAAAGAAUAUCGACUGCAGUCCAACAAACAAUGCAGAGAAGAACACCUUAAAAGACACCAACGUAAACGUAACACCAGACAAACAAGCCGGGAACGAUGCAAGGAGGAGGAGAAAGAGAGCCAUUGACGAAUCACAGUUUUACAGCGACGAUGUUGAUGAGAGCGCCGACUACAACUUUAACUUUGGAGACGACCAUGAGCCACCGGAGCCGCAGUGGCCGACACCGACACUGCAGAUCACCGAAACACAAGCCAGAGCACACUGCAUGGAAACCAUUGCAAAUUCAAGCAUAGCUGACGCCUGUGGUGGAAUCGGGGUGGACAUUUUCGCCCCUGUGGAAGGCUGCGUACAAGACAUUCAGUUUACCGAAGACCUGGAUGUUGCCAAAGAUGCGUUGGAAGUGAUGAAAGCUGACUGCAUCACCGUUGCCUAUCAAAACGUCAGCUUGUAUGAAGAGGGCGAAAACAACACCAUGGUGCCACCAGUUGCAGUACAGCAAAAUCUGUGCCCGAACGAAUGCAGUAACAAGGGAGACUGCGUUAACGGUUCGUGUGUCUGCCACAACGGGUUCACCUCCGACGACUGCUCGCUAGUGGAAGGCGCCCCACCAACGGCCUGGUUCAUCCCUAACGAUGGCAAAUGUGACAUUCGGCUUCGGCCUUGUCGGAAAAUAAGUUUGAUCGCCGACGGGCUUAUAGAAUCAGAGAACCUAACUUGCCGUGUGAGACAAGUGAAGAUGGUCCAAGGAGUACAGAACGGAGAGCCCUACGAUGCUGCACGUACAUCGGCGACACUGAAGAGCUUCCGAGAAGUCAAGUGUGAUCUGCCGCUGUCUCCUGUCUGGCAAGGAACUCCUGACGAGACGGAAGGCGCGGUGACUCAUGGGAUGCUCGUCUCUGUGAGCAACGAUGGUGUGGAAUUCAGCGAGGAGAGACUGGUCACCAUCUAUGACAGCGCGUGUCAGGACUGCACAUCAGGUUCCGUCUGCUUCUGGAAGGAAAACACAUGUAAGAUUCGAGGAUUCUGCUUCGAGGAAGGGGACAGUAAUCCAAAUAACUGGUGUUUCGAGUGCCUUCCAGGGAGAGCUAACUCGACCUUCAGCGAGCGUUUGGUAAACCUGCCACCCGUUGUAACGCCACAAAUUGACGUAAUGAAGAUUUCGGAUGAAGAUUUGACCAUGACCAUCGAGGCAACGGAUCCUGAGAACAGGCCUGUUUCUUUCCUCUUCACAUCUGACGACAGCCAUGGUGUUGACCUUCAACCUGGUGGACAGCUGACGUGGAACGAGGGUACAGAAUCCAGCGAGUUUUCUCUCGAUGUCGAAGUGAGAGACGAGUGCGGAGCUACUUCCACUACAAGCCUCAGAUUUACCACCAUAGAGUGUCCAUGUCAAAAUGGCGGCGUGUGUAGACCCGAUCCCAGCAUGCCACGCGGUCAAGGCCAUUACGUCUGCCAAUGUCCCGGAUUCACAGGGUCUUAUUGUGAAGAAGAGAUCGACGAAUGUGACUCAAGUCCAUGCAAUAACGGUACAUGUCAGGACUUGGUGAACGGGCUUCGCUGCGUCUGCGAUGACCUUCACAUGGGGACACUAUGCGACGUUGGCAUCGAUGACUACUGUGGCCUGGACCCCUGUUUCCCAGAGGUCACGUGCACCAACAACGUUGACGGUUUCCACGUGUGCGGUGACUGCCCGAAUGGAUACGCUGGGGAUGGAGAGACAUGUAAUGAUAUCGACGAAUGUGCUUCUGGAAGUACCCAUGACUGUGAGUUUGUCUGCUACAACGUUCCUGGCAGGUUCUACUGCGGCUGUACGGAAGGCUACUUGUUGUUGGCAGGGGAAUGUUUUGACGACGACGAAUGCGAGUCAGGGCGAGCAGAAUGCUCCGAUACCUGCAUCAACACAGAGGGAAGCUAUGAAUGCAGCUGCCCAGAUGGUUAUAGUCUUGGGUCUGACGGAAGGACGUGCACGGGUAUUUUCAUUUACUUCAGAUUCACCACAAAUCAAGAAAACAACGAGUGUGAGAGUAGUCCCUGUGAAAAUGGAGGUACCUGCAACGACCACGUUAACAGCUUCACCUGUACUUGUCCUGUCGGGUGGCUUGGAGCAACAUGUGAGGAAGAUAUUGACGAAUGCAUCGUCAUUAACCAUGGCUGUGAACAGCUGUGUUUGAACACUGAGGGCAGCUACACGUGUUGGUGUCCGGCCGGGUACCAGCUGAGUGGAGACAACAGGAAUUGUGAAGAACAAGAUGAAGUCACUACUCCAGUAACUACUUUGACGACGACGACUGUAACUGAUCGCCCCGCCGUAUGCGAGGACAACACCUGUCCUGACGUUAAUGCCAACUGCAUUGAAGAUAACGACGGUUACACCUGCAAGUGCAAGUCUGGGUAUUACAGUACAGGGUCUGGAGGUCGCAACAUGUGCAGAGAACUGAAUGCUUAUGAAGCUCGGCUGACGGUGACUCAUGUCAAUGGAGACGAAGUCUUCUUCACAUCCUCCGGCCUAGGGGAUCCUGACUCCGACGUGUUCGGUGAGACUGCCACUGUUGUCGAAGCCUUGAUAACUGAAGCUUUCUCGGCGGGUUCCCUUGAAAGAAUGUACAAGGGGUGCGACGUGAAAGCCUUCGAGUACGGAAGUGUCAUCGUAGUCUUCGACAUCUACCUGACGGAAGAAUCCAUUGCCAAGGACAGAAUAACCACAGCCUUUGCUCAAGCUCUCCAGGGCAACAUUCUUGGCACGAACCAGACCCUAACUGUCGUUCCUUCAUCCUUCCAAGUCCAGGAAAAAGUUGAAUCUGCGAGUGGGCCCUGGUACAACCAGCCUUUGUAUGUAGCACUGCUCUGUGUUGGAUGUGUGUUGGUAGUAGUGGUGGCCUGUACGCUAACGGUCUUUUGCUGCAAACGCGGGAAGAUGAAUCGCAGCAAACCGGUGUCCGUCUACAACACAGGAGAAAGUAGCCACGACAAUGGUGGAAACAUGAACGCAUCGCCGCGUCCGAUCGAACUUAAUUUCUUCGUUACGGAUAACAGUGAUAGGGCAGUGAACAGGUCCCCCACAUCUCUUGUCAAGAUGGAAUAAGAUUGUAUUGAAGUUCACACAGAUACCGUAUAUUAGAUCUGAUACCGACAAGUUUGCUGUUUCUUUUUCAUUGAACAGAUCACAUGUACCAGUCAUGACUUCUGACUGGAAUAUAUAAUCAGGAAAGUGACUACUCAAGGAAAAACGCUACAAGUGUAAACAAGGACCUUAGAUUCUUACCACGCAUUUCUCAACUCCAUAGAGCUGAAGUCGGACAAUGACAAACUAUACUGAAUUCAAAUUGACAACGAAAUGUGACAUCAGCACAGAAAUAAUGAAAAACACUAACUAUCAUAAUUCCACCGGGUGCCAUGAUACCGCCACAUCAAACGACAGGCAUUCUCAAGAUUGUCUUGAACACCUCUGAAGUGUAUAAUAUUAUACCACAGGAUUAUCUCAUGUCGUGAUAUUAUGGCAUCUGGUGGAAUUAUGACAGUUGAUGUUAUAUGGAAACACACUUCUUUUUAGCAACAACCAUCAUGCCAUGUGUAUAUCCAUUGGUUGAAUUUACAGAAUGAAAACAUCUGAACUUGUAAAAUGAUGUGAUGUGAUCAUGAGUUUCUCCACAGUGACUUUAUGAAUCGUGGUUGUUUUGGGAUUUUUCUGUGUUAAUAAUACGUAAACUCGGUUAGUUGGUUGUGAUGUAAGUUAUGUCAUAAAUAUCGGAUUGCCACCAAGACCUGAUAUUUAGAUGGAUUGCGGCAUUUUCAUGUACAAUGCUUUAUGAGUUAAUGUUUCUAUAAUUAGGUGAUACACAUUGGGGUGUCAGGGUAUAGAUCCAAAUCGGGGAAUUUUUAAGAUACACUCUUAAAAGACAGAAUUUGUCAACUUUAAUUCAUGUCACUUCCGAUCAAUGUAUUGAAAUUUGAAACAUUUCUACAAGAUUUAUGAAUGUGAUACCACCAAAACAAAUAACUGGAAUUCUGAUUGGAGCCACUGUUGACAGAGACUCCAAUCGGGAUCCCUACCGGUAGAUUCGACGAUUUUGCCAGAUCCCAAUCUCUACCCUGACAAAUAUUUUUGUACAAUUACCAUAAUUUUAUUAUUUUGUUUACAAAAUGACGAGAUUUUAUUAGCGUAGUUGUGUUUUUUAGCCAACCUCAACUACAACGGAAAGCGACACAUAUCACAACUUGCUUUUCAGCUUUCAUGUGACUCAACAUAUCACUUUAAAUCGAAUUCUAGUAAGAUAGUUUGACAAAAUGUAUUCAUACACAAUCUAUUCAUCAGUCAUGUAUCUUGUCUCAACAUAUAGCGAGGGUGAUUUAAAGAGAUUAGAUGAUGACAUAUCAAAUCAUGUUGUGAAGUAUUGUCAUCUUUGCUGUAUACUAGACGCUUAAACACCGAAGUCAAGUGGUCUUCUUUAAGCUAAAUUUACUGUAUUUUGCCGGGAUUUUCCGUCGUGUGU